AUGGUUGAAAUUCGAGAUGAUUCGCUUCAAACAGUUAGUGUUCAGUUAGAUGGUAAAAAUUAUGCAUAUUGGAGUUAUGUGAUGAAAAAUUUCUUGAAAGGUAAACAAAAGUGGGGUUAUAUUUCGGGUGAUUUUGUCAAGCCUGAGGAUGGCACAACUGCUGAUUAUGUGUCUUUGUUAGAUAAGUGGGAAGUUGCUAAUUCCAAAAUUAUUACUUGGAUCAAUAAUUCUGUUAAGCACUCGAUAGGGACCCAGUUAGUAAAAUAUGAGACAGCUAAGGAGGUUUGGGAUCAUCUAUCUAGACUGUACACACAGUCUAACUUUGCAAAACAAUACCAGUUGGAGUCUGAUAUUCGUGCUCUGCAGCAGAAAAGCAUGAGUAUUCAGGAAUUUUAUGAUGCUAUGACAGAUUUGUGGGAUCAGCUGGCUCUCACAGAAUCUGCUGAAUUACGAGGCUUUGGGCCUUAUAUUGCACGAAGAGAGGAGCAGAGAUUGGUACAGUUCUUAAUGGCUCUUCGUGAUGAGUUUGAAGGACUUCUAAACUUUUGGCUGAGGAAAUUCGUCUUAAGCCUUCUGUUGUAA